CACAAAUUCCGGGUAAAAAAAAAGCUAAAUAAAAGGCCGCAUUUUCAGGAUUAUGAAUUGAGCCAAACUCCAAAUUAAACUAUGAAGGUUGGCUCAUGCAGGUUUACCAGCAAAUGACACCAGUAAACGGGAGACGUGCACCAGCACAGGGUAUAUGAUGUCUCAGAGUGAACCACUACCUCCAGCAUCGAGCACAGAGAAGUAUCCCAAGAUCUUCAUCAACACAGAACAGAAAACCAUGGGAAGAGUCUAUCCAUUCUCAGCCCAUGAUAACCAAGCUGCACUGCAAGAUACCAUCACUGUAUUUGAUGAUGGAUUAGGCCGCAAGAAGUGCCUGGACGAGCGUAGACAACAUAACUCCCACUUCUGCCUGUGCCACCAUGGAAGUGUGAGUGGCGUGGGGGAGACGAGGGGAGACUUCUCAGCCUAUCAGACAGACUACCAGGACCGCCAGGACACAGAGGGCUCCUCCACCAGCAGGCGUUUUCCCAGUAACCAUCUUGAUAGGUCCACUGUGGCAGCUGCUGCCCAGGCAGGAGAGCACUUUAUGUGGUUCGGGAGGCAUGAUGAGGACCGUCCUGUGCCCCUUGAAGUGCUGGCAGCUACCAACUGCUCCUCCUCAUCCAAGCCGUCCAGACACUCCUACCAUAUCAGGCAUUAGACGAAUACACCAUAUUACCCAAAUACUAUUCUUUAGGAAAUCACAAAGCAACACAUCUUGAUAGUUCUCCAAGUGCAAAUAAAAAAAUAUGAAACAUUGAGA